AUGGCCGGUCCGGUUCAGCCCACCAAACGUGACUCAAAUGGCUCCCAAGACAAGAACAGUGCGCUCGCGCAAAGAUGGAGCGUGGAGGUAUGGUCGGAGAGAAUAACAAGUCAACAAUCAGUCCAGAUAUCGCGGGACAAGUUACAAAAGAGGGUUGACGCCUUUCUCGCCCAUGCCAGUGUUCAAGAGAACGAUGAGCUCGAGCGGAGUCGGCAACGGCUGAUGGACAUGAUCAAGGAGGCUCAGACGGCCAGCAAAGAGGCUAAUCCCGAGGCAAAGGAAGGAUCCUUCAGGGCGAAGCUCCAGCAAGGCUUGACUUCAACGUCCGAAGCAGUGUACCGCUAUUCGCAGAUUCUCGACCCCAUGAUGGCUCAGGCGCCUGGGUACGUUUCGUUGGCGUACGGCGGUAUAAAAAUCAUUCUCACGGCGCAGAUCAAUUACCAGGAGCUUAAGGAGAAGGUGACGGUAUACCUGGAGCAGAUUGCGACGAGGUUUGAACUCAUCGAUCACCUCACUGCUUAUAUUCCGACCAAGAAUCUUGUCGCCCGCGUUGGACAGGCCUAUAGUCUCUUUACGAAGUUUCUGUCCAAAGCAGUCAAGCACUACACGCGGAGUCGCAUGAAAACCUAUCUGAAGGCACUUUCAAGCCCAUGGGAGCGGUUCCAAGAACUGGUGGAUGCUAUCGGACAGACGUUCGUGGACAUCAAGGACAUCGCUCAGUUUCACGGCCUGUUAGCUGGUCAGGUCAACCUGGAGGUGAGCCAGCGGACGUUGGCGUUGAUGGAAAGGCAGGGUGAGAAGAGUGAUACUAAUACGGCCUUGCUGGAAGAUGUUCUGUCGCAGUUGCAUGCCAUUUCGAUCCAGUUCACCAAGGAGGAAGAUAUCCGUGAGACGGCAUCGCUUGUUCGACAGCACGUCGAUCAGGUCCAGGACGACCCAACGCUCUCACGAUCGAAAGUGGAACCGACAGAGGAUAAGACAGAUGAGCACCAGUCCACGAUGCUCGAUCAACUCGGAGGGAUCUUUGCUGAUCUGAAGAACUACAACGAGGAAACGCAGCGCCGUAAGAUCGCCAUUGAAGAGGCGCCAGGCAUGCAGAACCACCGAUCGACGCAGCGCAAUCUGCUACGGUCAGAGAAAGUCCUAUCGUGGAUUGAGUCCGAUGUUUCGCAGCUCCUGUGGGUUGAAGGGAACAAUGUCUUGCGGCGCUCCGACUUCAAUGCGUGCUUUGCUAUACCGCUGCUGGUGAUGGGAGAAGGCAGCUUUGAGUCGACUCUCGUCCUUCGACACUUCUGCGGCGACUCAGGAAUGGCAAGGAGGCCGAGUACGCUGGUCCAGGCUCUGCUUUACCAAGUCAUCGAGCGGAAUCCAAGCAUCCUCCAGAAGAGGAAACAUGCUUUUACGAGUGAGAGCGCACCAACCACUCAAAAUCUUUGGAAACUGCUUGUCGAAUGCCUGGAAAUUGUCAGCGCGCAGUGCACUUUCAUCAUCAUUGACAGCUUUGACCACCUGGAUGCCGAGGACGCACACGAGGAAGGGGCGAUGCUCGCACAGCUCAACGACCUCGUAAAGGACAAGACCAAGCUGGUGAAGGUGCUCCUUACCGCGUCUCUUGCCCAACCUCUGUCCACUCUUCCUGAGGAAUACCAGGCUCUUACCAUCCAGCGUUUCCCGCGGCCCGGUCUUCGUCGGAGCCUCUCAACAGCCAUACUGGAGGAUCAGGCCCAACUAAUCUCGCACCAGAUCAUCGAGAUACAGGAGAGAAGAUGCAAGCUUGUCAGCUUUCACGAGAUUCCCUUCCUUUACCCGUCCGGCACUGUGAUAUACCAGAAGAACGGCGACCACUGGCAAGCAUUUGUCGUCGCAGAACUGAGUGGGAUGGAUCCGCAGCCUUUUGGGGACUUUGCGCCGUUGCAGAUACGCGCUUGGUCUGUUGAUCAUAACGGGAAAUACUUCACAAAGAAGUAUCAUAGCCUCACUAUUGGUCGAUUCAGCGGAAAACAAGAAAUCACCAGGCUGAAGUUCAUUCCGGCAGGGUACAUGCCCGACGAAACUGCCGUCCGCAAGACCUUGGUCACUCGUGGCCGUAGAUACUGGGAACUGGGAAGCACAGUGAGCUACAAUCAGUUUGAUGGGAAGCAUGGGCCAGUUCGAAUUGUCAUUGACCAACAGCUCCGUCCUUUGGAAGAGACACCAACCGCGCAGGAGUUGGCAGAUCAAUUCCGACCAAGCGGUGCCCAUGAUUUGAAACCAGGGGUGCUGAUAACAUGUCCGCCUGGGGUCGCAGUCUUUCUUCUUCCGGAGCUGCGGUGGUCAACAAUGGACGUCGAUAAAAUCAAGGAACUGGCAGUUGACGAGUACCGAGACCUCCGCAGUCUUAUAGUUGAUCCAGGGUAUAAGGAGAUUCUGAGGAGCUUCGUGGCCGGUCAAGGAGUCUCCGAGGGAUAUCCCAAGGGUGACGACCUUAGAGGACCCGCAACUGCCGGGACAACGGUUUUGCUACAUGGAGCCCCAGGGACUGGGAAGACCUUUUCGGUCGAAUGUCUUGCGGAAUCGGUUCAAAGACCGCUACUGCGUCUAACCCAUGCGACUCUUGGAGGAUCUGUUCGCGAAGUGGCCAAAAGUCUCGAGGAAUCAUUCCAUCUCUCCGACAGAUGGGGCUGCAUCAUGCUGCUCGACGAUGUCGAUACCUUCCUCUCGACGCGCACACAAGACAUGUCCCAGAACAUCAUGGCCACGCUCUUCAUGCAGCUCACGGAGAAGCACAACGGCCUCCUCUUCCUCACCACCAAUCGAGUCGGUGUUCUCGAUGAAGCCUUCCAAUCCCGGAUCCACAUGAAGCUCUACUACCCUAGAUUUACGCUUGAGCAAGUCGAAGCUGUGCUCGAGCGCUCUUUGCGUGGGAUCCAGGACCGAUUCCACAGCACCGGGACAAAGUUCAGAGCCGAAUAUAUCGAGAUCAUGGAGUUUAUAAAGCGUGCUCGAGAGAAUAAGGCAAUGCAAAGCUUUAACGGACGAGACAUCAUAAACACCUGCGAGACUGCGCUUCUACUGGCUAAGCAUGAGAUCCGCGGGGACAAUGGCCGUGGUUCAAUCGAUCCGGAUGCUGUCCUCAGACUAAAGGCCUCGCAUUUCGAGACGGCAAUCAAAAUCGCAACCGGAUUUAACCAUUAUAUGAAGGAAGUGAGGACGAGAUCAGACUUCGACGCCAGUGCAGGGUAUGCAGGGGCGAAUACAUUCUUGCCUGAGCGUUAUAGUGGUGGUCCAGGGCUCCAGUCCAGCCAGGAUCAAAAUCAAUACGCACAGUACAACAUGCCGCAUGAGAUACCACCACACUUGGUAAGUCCCUACAGACAGCGUCCGAUGCAACGGAUGCAACACGAGCGAGACAAUGACUACGGAGAAGGCGAGUAA